GACGACGAAACCCUAGGCCAUGGCUUGGCGCGGCGCCGCCUCCCGCUCCAUUAUCGCCGCCGUCCGUGCUCGCGCCGCAUCCCCGUCUUCCACCGCCGCCUCGCGCCUCCGCUCGACGGCUCCACUUCCCGCCCCCUCGCGCCGGUCCGUCCCCGCCUUCGCUUUCGCGACCGCGAGGCCGUUGGCGGCGAUGUCGGGGUCCCCGGCGGCGGCCGUGGUGAAGCUCACCGGGCACUCGGCGACGAGCGUGCGGGCGUGCUGUGAGCUCUCCCAGGGCCAAAAUGGGAAGGAUGGUUGAUGAGGAGAUCAGACGGAAUGAUUCAUAUCCUGAUGUAGGUCCUUUUAUUUUUCUGUGUGUUAUCAGUGUUAAGAAAUUAGAAGAACAUAGUGUGCAAUAUUUGGUGAGUUUAAAAUUGUUGUUUCAUUGGUUUAGUGUAUUGUGAGGUUGUGUCCUACACGAAUGUUGGUUUUACUGUUUAGUAGUAUUCGAUCUUUCUAGAGAAACCUGUUUUAAUUGUUUUCUAGAUGAUAUUAGAGAAAAUAUGCUAUUAUUUUUGACAAAACUACUUAUAUCUGUGCUGCGCUACUGGUUUUUAUGAUGUAAAUUAGCUUCAUAGUCUUGGUGCACUAUAGAUGUUGGUGAUUUUAUCCAUUGUUAUGUUUAUUGAUCUCCAAGGUUCGGUGCAAGUACUCCUGCACAUCCAUUAUUUAUAGAAUCAUGAUAAUACUUUUGUACUCAUGCACAUAUAUUUUUUGUGUCCAUGAAUUUGCUCUUGCAAUACGAUUUUGCUGGUCUUCUGUGACAAAAUUGCAUUGCUGAUCAAAUUUGAACAUUAAAAUGCACAAGCGGUUACUGCACCAAUGGUCUUCACAUGCAUUAGCUCAUAAUAAUUAGUUCUAUAAAAAAGUUGAUAUGGGGAUUUUUGUGGUCUGGAUCUAUUAGGAAAUGACGACGAUGCAUGAUGCUUGGGAAGCAAUUUUAAAGCAUGGAAAAGGUGCUGCUGUGAAAAACGAAUUACUUUUGUUACUUUGGUAAUGCAUCAUCGACUGAAAACAAUUAAAAUAAAUUGAUUGAAUAUUAAAAUCCGGGAGAACUUUGGGAGGCUAAAAGAAACACUCAUAUUUUGUUGAAAGUAAAAUCACAGAACUUGAGGAUGAUAUAUCCUUGCACAUCACUUGAUGGUUGCAUGUUUCCAGCAGCUACCCUAUCACAUCCCCUAUCUAUGCCCUAUUUUAAACUUCACUCUACAAACAGUGUCAUCUACAUUGCAAAUCCUAUAUUUUACACGAUCUGCUGCGGACAAUCGAGGUUUAGGCUGUCUUCGGUGGAUAGUAUAAAAUAGGGGACACGGAACUGUAGAUGAUAUUGUUUAUCGAGUGAAGUUUGAAAUAUGGAAUGCGAUAGGGGAUAGAAUAGGGGAUCUGCUGGAGAUAGCCUUAUUACCCUGUCUGUCAAGGUCAAUAUUAAGUAGUCCAUGUUUUUGUACUAUGAAGUCUUCUGCCACUGUAGUGUCCUGCAUGUCAUACUGCAUUUCUAGUCUAAGGACUCUUUUCUUCCUUCUCUCUGUGAGAGAGAAAUGUGCGGUUGUGCGUGCACACCUUCACCCCGCGCGCGUUCUGCUUGUCCACCCUCCCCACCAUAGCACUACAGAUUUACAUUAUACUUGGAUUAUAUUAAACGACAUACUGCUUUUUUUUUAUCUUAGCAUGCAAUUUCAGUGAGUUUGAUUAUAAAAAAAGAAACAGUCUGUGAACGGUACUCUUGUUCUCUCUCUCUCUCUCUCUCUCUCUCUCUCUUGCAUUCUGACCUAAUUUUGUAUGAAUUUUUAAUGUUGGGCUUACCCUGACCUUGUUAUUUUGCAGGCACUUAAUGCGCACUUUUGUCCUUAAAUGCAAGGAUUGGAUUCUUUGGAGGUUGCAUCCCUUGGAAACUCAUCGGGCUUGCGUCCUUUUCCAUGCAUUUUGCAGAGUACUUAGCGCCUCGUGUGUCGGCAAACGGACAGUAUAUCUGCUGUAACUUACAUAAAUAAUCAUAUGUUAGCCUGCUGCUACUCACUGCCCCGCAUCGAUUGGAACUAAGUUGAUGUUUGGUUCACAUAAUUGUAUAACGUUAAAUCAUGUUUGUUUAAGUCUAACCUUAAUCGGAUUCCACACU